AUACGUGUACCAUUUACUCAAUUUACCGUUCAUCAUAAAUCUUCACCGGCCGUAAUUUCGCCAGCGUGCUUUUUUUUUUUGUGAAAUUUUGAUUGUAUGCCAACGCGAUCGAACGCAUUCGCGAAAACAGAGAGACGGUCAAAAGUGGUGAGUAGCGUUGGCGCAAUAACCAGUCAAAAACACGCCGUUUGAUUGUCAGCCAAGAGGUAAACAAAGCGAUGAUGGCCGAGAGCAAAAACAAAAGGAGAUGAGGCAAGACUGAAAGAGUGGAACAGCUGUGAACAGCAAGAAUACAACUAAGAAGAACAAAGGAGAAGCUAAUGUGUGAAUACACAUUUGACACACUACGAAUAUUAUCUACUAAUGUUUGGUGAUUGAUAAACACAUGUGCAUAAACUAAAGUAAAUGGUUGAACAUAUCGAUUAAUCUUGUAAAACAGAAGAGUUAGAUAAUAACGUUAAUCCAUUCUUAGAAGACACUAAUCUUGGCUUAGUCUUCAAUAUCAUACACGAUAAACAAUGGAUUACAGCUCGCUGAUCGCAUUCGAUUUCGAUCACACCAUCUGCGAGGACAAUUCCGAUAUGGUGGCGCGAAAAUUAGUACCUGAGGAGAAGAUACCAGAAGAUGUGAGGAGCUUAUAUCAGUCUAAUGGCUGGCUGGUAUACAUGAACAAAAUCUUUGAGAUCCUGCAUAAGAAUUCCAUCGAUAGGAAGCAAAUCAAGAACGCCAUCAUUGCUAUUCCAGCGGUCGCGGGCAUGGAGAAGCUGCUCGCCACUCUACAUGCCAACGGCCACGAGAUCAUUAUCAUCAGUGACUCGAAUUCUUUGUUCAUAGACUGGUGGCUGAAGAGCAGGAAGCUCGAUCGCGCUGUGUUACGAGUCUUCACAAAUCCGGCCUACUUCGACAACGACGGCAGGUUGAAAGUCGAUAUGUAUCACAUGCAGCGUACUUGCAAUCUGAGCAGCAUUAACCUAUGCAAGGGAAAGAUAUUGAUGGAUUUUAUCGAAGAGCGACGCGCGCAGAACGUGUAUUACGACAGAAUAGUCUACAUCGGCGACGGCAAGAACGAUCUGUGUCCGAUCUUACGUCUCUCUGAGACCGAUUUGGCUUGCCCGCGCAAGGACUACGUGCUCAUCAAGCGUUUGACUAAGUUACCUCGCAAUAUGUACCCAGCAGCAACUAUCGUGGCAUGGAAGGAUGGUGAAGACUUGCUGCAAAGUCUAGAAGAGGCUCAAAGAGCUGUGAAAAAAGAAUAAUUCUGUGUCGAACAUACGUCGUAUAUUCUUCCUCGUUGAGUUGCCGUACGAGAAGAACUUGCUCGCGUCACGCUUAUCGCGCUAAUUAACUGGAGUCAUUAACUGGAGGCUUAUCAAGCAUUAUGAGAUACGCGAGUAAUUGUAUUUGCUUUCUCAAUUUUCCACCGUCGUAUUUUCCGAUAACUCUCUCAAAUCGCACUUACCGGUUACGUUAUUAGGGAAGAUAUUGAAUAACAGGUCGUUCUUGUGAAACUGCAUCUGUUUUGUGAAAAUAACGAGUAAAUUGUGUUUUCUUUUUUGGUGAGUAACAACUCCACAUUUUAUAUCGAGUUAUUACAAACUAAAGAUACAAUAUUAUUAUAUCUUAAUAAUAACAAUAAUCUUAGUAAUAACGAUAGUAAAUCUCAAUUAAAAUAGUUUUUCGAUGCAAUUAUAUAAGUGCACGAUAUAAAUUAUACAAAUGACAUUACACAUGUU